AUGGCAUGCAUGGCACGCGAACCCUUCUCCGCAGACGAUGACUUCUCUCAUCAGAGCCUGAUAGGACCCGGUCCUGCUUCUUCCUCUUCAUCAAUAGGUCCCUCGAGGUACGGCACCAUGAACGAGCACAAGAUGGGCGCCGAAGAGAUCGAAGAACAUGUACCACAUCGGAAGCUGAGCAUCGUCGGCCAAAAGAACAUCGACGCCGCACGACAUGGCGACAGAGCACUUGCCAUUAUCGGUGAUGAACGAGUCACAGUCACUGAGGAAGAUAACAGACGCAUCCGCCGCGAGACUGACAAGGUGAUCCUGGCUAUCCUGGUCUGGGUGUAUUUCCUUCAGAUCUUGGACAAGUCUGUACUAGGAUAUGGAGCUACUUUCGGACUGAGGGAAUCGACAGGACUUACUGGAAACCAGUACUCUUUGGUCGGAAGCAUUGCGCCCAUUGCACAGCUGGCAUGGCAGCCCUUCUCAUCAUAUCUUAUUGUCAAAGUCCCCCAUCGCAUCUUGAUGCCUGCGUUAUGUCUCGGAUGGGGUGUCGCUCAGACCUGUAUGGCUGCGUGCCAUGACUUUGGGGGUCUUAUGGCUGCGCGCUUCUUCCUGGGACUGUUCGAAGCUGGCUGCUUGCCACUCUUCAGCAUCAUUACUUCGCAGUGGUUCCGACGUGCUGAGCAGCCGAUCCGUGUAGCUGCUUGGUAUAGCACGAACGGUCUUGCCACGAUUGCAGCGAGCGCGCUGUCUUAUGGCCUGGGAAAGAUCCCAUCAAGUGUCCUCGAGUCUUGGCAGAUCAUCUUUUUGUUUGUUGGACUAGUGACCGUGGUGUCCGCACCGUUCGUGUACUGGAAGCUUGACAAUGAUAUCCCAUCUGCCCGAUUCCUGUCAGAGGAAGACAAGCCCAAGGCCAUCGAGCGACUGCGGGCAAACCAGACUGGAACAGGGAGUCGUGAGUUCAAGUGGUCGCAUGUUCUGGAGCUCGCUCUCGACCCCAAGACGUACUUGUGGGUCGCGUUGUCACUCUUGCUAAAUGUUGGCGCAUCGGUCUUGAGUCUGGGUGUCACAGAUCUACUGACGAAACCAGUGACGAAUACUUUCGGGCCCCUUAUCAUCGGGGGCUUCGGCUACGACAAAUACAUCACAUCACUUCUGAACAUGCCUUUCGGAGCCAUGCAGUUUAUCGUCAUCAUCUUCGCAUCCUGGGCAGCUCAAAGAUUUCGCAACAAGUCCGCAAUCUUGGUGUGCUUGACCCUACCAGUGAUAGCAGGGUUGGCCAUGAUGUACACCAUCACCCACACGCCGUCACAUCAAGGCUCCCUGCUGGCUGGUUACUAUCUUCUGGCCUUCUUAUUCGGCGGCAACCCGCUGAUUGUAGCGUGGAUCGUGGGCAACACAGCUGGAACCACGAAGAAGAGUGCGGUCAUGAGCGUCUACAAUGCAGCAAGUUCUGCUGGCAACAUCAUUGGCCCACUACUCUUCAAUGCAAACGAUGCGCCGCAGUACCGUCCUGGUUUGAAGGCCGUGCUUGGUAUCUUUGUUGCACUGGCUGCUUGUGUCGUUCUCCAAGCCGCGAACCUCAUAUCCCUGAACAAGUUACAGGAACGGAAGCGAGUCAAGAACGGCAAGCCAGCCAAGAUCAAGGACCGAAGUAUGGAGAGCGAGUAUCAUGAUGCUGAUGAGCAACUCGACGACAGCUCAGGUACUGCCGAGAACGAUCUUGAGAGUCAUGCGCAAAGGGCACGGUUUGGCGACCAAGCGUUUCUCGAUGUGACCGAUCGUAAGAACGAUGAGUUCGUGUACAUCCUUUGA